AUGCCGGACGAAGACGCCGCGUCGGUGUCCUCCGACGACCGCCCGCGCACGGCGAACGCGAAAUCGUUCUGGGACGACGCGUUCGGGCGCGCGGAGCAGACGAACAGACGAAUUCUAAAUAAUCCACGCAACCGCGAUGACGGUGGGCGCGAGACGCUCUUGGCGUUACGCGGACGCGGACGCGAUCGAGAGCGCUCCGAGAGCGCCGAUGCGUCGAGCGAUGACGACGACGGGCGCUGGGGGGGGGAUGGCGUCGGAGAAGGUGAUGAUUUUGAGACGCGCGGCGAAUCGGGCGACGACGGCGCGCGGAGGCGGUUGGCGAUACGACAACCGCACGCGCAGCGAUUGCAAGUCGACUCGCGAUCGCCCGAACCGCGCGUUGAUGCGUGGUUGGAGCAGACGAUGCGGGCAAACAUGCGAACGGUCGUGCCUGCGGGAUCGGAGAGCGCGUCGGUGAGCCCGACGUCGCCGCCGACGAGCGCGAUGAGUCGGUUGCGCGCGAGAGCGUACGCGAGGAGUCAUGGGAGUCCGAGAGAUGAGAACGAGGCCAUGCCGGUGAUCGUCAGGGUCGAUCGAAGAAUUCGAGGGUAUCACGAGACCGCGCAUCAGCGCAUGAAUCGGUCGGCGUCGCCGGACGCGAGGGCGAGUGCGACGCGAGAGCGGACGCUGCAGGGGGCGUUGUACGUGCACACGAGGAACGGAUCGCAGGGAUCUGCGAGCGCGUUAGAUUCGCGAAGCGUGGACAUCGACAGCGAUCGAAUGGAUAGGAUCGGAUCGCCGUUCGCACAGUCAACGACGACGGUUCUGGAUCGACCGAGGCAGUAUGUCGACGACGCCGAGAUGGGGGCGGAUCAUCUGGCGCACAAGGAGCUCUUGUGGAAGUUGUCGAGCACAUACCUCCCGAACGACGUCGGGAGCUUACAGCGCUCGCUAGUACGACACGUGGAGUACACGCUGGCGAGAAGACGAUACAAACUCGACGAUAACACGUUUUAUCAGGCCACCGCGCACUCCGUUCGAGACCGUCUCAUCGAGCGAUGGACCGACACGCAGCAGUACUCGGCGAAAGUGGGGGCGAAGAAGGUGUACUAUCUCUCGCUCGAAUUCCUCAUCGGAAGAUCGCUUGGGAACGCGGUGUCGAAUCUCGGUUUACGAGGCGCCUACGCCGAGGCUCUACGCCAGAUUGGUUAUAAUCUUGAGGACAUCAUGUCAGAGGAGAAGGAACCAGCGCUUGGGAACGGCGGGUUGGGACGGUUGGCGUCUUGUUUCUUGGACACGCUCGCGACGCAAAACUACCCAGCAUGGGGCUACGGGAUUCGAUACAAGUACGGAAUGUUUGAGCAACGAAUAUUGAAUGGUCAGCAAGUCGAAUUUCCCGAUUAUUGGCUCACGGAUGGGAAUCCGUGGGAGGUGGAGCGCCUAGACGUGCAGUAUCCCGUCCGCUUAUUUGGACACGUGCGGGAAUUUAAGGACCAGGAAGGAAACACGCGCUACGCUUGGCAGGGCGGCGAGGUCGUCAUGGCACAGGCGUAUGACACGCCGAUUCCCGGUUACGGCACUUACAACACGAACAAUAUGCGACUUUGGAGCAGCAAGCCGUCCCACGAGUUUGAUUUGGCGUCGUUUAACGCGGGUAAUUAUUACGGCGCGGUCGAGGCGAAAGAGCGCUGCGAGAGCAUCACGUCCGUGCUUUAUCCAAACGACGCGACGGAUGAGGGUAAACGACUGCGUCUGAAACAGCAGUACUUUUUCGUGAGCGCUACACUGCAGGAUAUAUUCCGCAGGUUCAAGAAGAGCGUCGGACGUACGGCUACGACAAAGAUCCAAGAUAUGCCUAAAAAAGUGGCGAUUCAACUCAACGACACGCACCCAGCGAUCGCAAUUCCCGAGCUCAUGCGUCUACUCCUCGACGUCGAGUACUUGUCAUGGGAGGAGGCUUGGGAGAUUUCUCGCAACGUGUUCGCGUAUACAAAUCACACCAUUCUCCCAGAGGCAAUGGAGAAAUGGUCUGUGCCUAUGAUCACCGAGCUCCUGCCGAGACACAUGCAAAUCAUCUACGAGAUCAAUCAUCGUUUCUUGCUCGAGGUUCAGAAACUGUGGCCAAACGAUGACACUCGUCUAUCGGCGAUGAGUAUUAUCGAGGAGUCUACACCGAAGAUGGUGCGCAUGUCCAACUUGGCCGUCAUUGGAUCGCACACCGUGAACGGGGUCGCGAUGAUUCACACCAAGCUGCUCAAGUCCACGCUUUUCCCCGAUUUCUUGUUGAUGUGGCCAGAAAAGUUCAUCAACGUCACGAACGGCGUGACGCCGAGGAGAUGGUUGUUGCAAGCAAACCCGGCACUUUCGAGCAUUUACACCGGCAUGGUCGGCCCGGGCUGGGUGAACGAUCUCAAACGGCUCGAGCCAAUUAAGACGAUGGCGCAGGACGCGCUAUUUAGACAGCGAUGGCGCGCCGCGAAGCAGACAAACAAGAACGCGGUCGUCGAUUGGCUGUACAAGACCAUGGGCAUUCAAGUCAAUCCAAAUGCGCUGUUCGACAUGCAGGUGAAGCGCAUUCACGAGUACAAGCGACAGCUCCUGAACGUUCUCGGCAUCGUCCAUCGCUACGCAGAAAUCACACAGGCGACGCCGGAGCAGCGCAAUCAGAUGGUUCCAAGAGUGUGCAUAAUGGCUGGCAAGGCCGCACCCGGUUACGUCAUGGCGAAGAAUCUCAUCAUGCUCGUUUGCGCCGUGUCCGAAGUCGUCAAUGCCGACGCAGCGUGUCGCGACUUGCUCAAGGUGAUAUUCAUCCCGAAUUUCAAUGUAUCCCUCGCCGAGCUUCUCAUUCCCGCGAGCGAUGUUUCGCAGCACAUUUCUACUGCGGGACUGGAGGCGAGCGGCACUGGGAACAUGAAAUUUGUUAUGAACGGCGGUUUGAUCGUUGGCACCAUGGACGGGGCGAACAUCGAAAUCGCGCAAGCCAUCGGCGAGCACAACAUGUUCACGUUCGGCGCCAAGGCGAGCGAAGUCGCAGCGAUUCGUAGAACGAUGUCUCACCACCCACCAAAGAUCGAUCCGAGACUGCAAAGGGCGACGCAAAUGAUUCGAUCCGGCGUGUUUGGUAAGCCGAAGGAUGGCGAGUAUCACCAACUUCUCGACGCCAUCGAUCCGCACAAGGAUGUUUAUCUCACCGCGCAAGACUUCCCGUCGUACUUGCGAGCGAUGGACGAAGCGGACGCGCAGUUUCAAUUAGAAGAAAAGUGGACGGCAAAGUGCAUCGAAUCCGCGUGCUCGAUGUGGAUGUUUUCAUCCGAUCGAACCAUUCGUGAGUACGCGGCAAAAAUCUGGAACGUCGAACCGCUCCCGUUUCGACCUCCCAAGCAUCAAAAUUAG